UUUGGAAUAAGAUAGAUGCAAGGUGGACCACAACUUCAUAGACCUUUACAUGCUGCUGGUUAUUAUCUAAACCCUCAGUUGCGCUAUCGAGAUUCAUUCUCCAAUGUUGAGGAGAUGAGGCAAGGAUUGUAUCAGUGCAUGGAUAGAAUGUUGAGUUAUGAUGAGCGUCUCAAGGCUGAUAUCCAAUUGGACUAUUAUGAUCAAGCAAAAGGGGAAUUCGGAAGUCGUGUUGCAAUUGAUUCCAGAGCGAUACGCUCUCCCGCUGAUUGGUGGAUUCGUUUUGGGAGCAAAACACCAGAGUUAACAAAAUUUGCUAUUCGAAUACUUAGUCUAACUUGUAGUGCUUCGGGAUGUGAGAGGAAUUGGAGCACCUUUGAGUCGAUUCAUACAAAAAAGAGGAAUAGGCUUGAGCACAAACGUUUGAAUGCUUUGGUCUAUGUGAAGUACAACACUAAACUAAGAGAGAGGAGUAUCAGAAGAAGACAAAACAUCGAUCCAAUACUAAUUGAUGAAAUUGAUUCGGAUGAUGAAUGGAUUGCUGAAAAAGAAGAUCCUGUCCUCUCCCUUGAUGCUUCUUGGCUUGAUGAAGAAGAAUUGUUUGAUGCUGAAGCAAUUAGGACUGUGCCUAUCACUGCAUAUGAUAGAAGUGUGGAGAAUCGAUCAACUAUGACUACGAUUAAUGUUGACUCAUCUUCGAAUGCGAAGAAAAGAAAAGUUGGUGAAGGUUCAAGAAAUGAUAGAGGAAAAGGCAAGGCAGCAAGAUGCACCCUUGCGGAUGAAGACAUGGAGUCGGAAGAAGUUGGUGGAAUAGAUGAUGGAACUUAUCCCAUUAUAGAUAUAGCGGACGAAGAUGAUGACAAUAUUAAUGAGGAUGACUUAGAGUGACCUAUUAUUUAUUUAUUGCUUUGUUCAUAGAGUAUUAGAGUUUUAAGUUAUUUUGUUUAUUGAACAAUUGGAAUUUAAGUUUUUGACCAUGACUUAAGUUA